GCUGCAAGCGCGCGCGAUGGAUUCCGAGGCCGCGCAGCUACUGGAGGCUGCGGACUUCGCGGCUCGCAAGCACCGACAACAACGACGGAAGGAUCCCGAAGGGACUCCCUACAUCAACCACCCCAUCGGUGUGGCCCGGAUCCUAACCCAUGAGGCGGGAAUCACUGACAUUGUGGUGUUACAGGCGGCCCUGCUCCAUGACACUGUGGAAGACACAGACACCACCCUGGAUGAGGUGGAGAUGCACUUUGGGACAGAGGUGCGGCGCCUGGUGGAGGAAGUAACGGAUGACAAGACUCUACCCAAACUUGAGAGGAAGCGACAACAGGUAGAACAGGCGCCUCACAGCAGCCCAGGGGCCAAACUGGUGAAGCUGGCAGACAAGCUGUACAAUCUGAGGGACCUAAAUCGCUGCACCCCUGAGGGAUGGUCAGAACAUCGUGUCCAGGAAUACUUCGAGUGGGCAGCACAGGUGGUGAAGGGGCUUCAAGGGACAAACCAGCAACUGGAAGAGGCAUUAAAGCAGCUGUUCAAGGAGCGAGGGCUGACGCUCUAAGUGAGUGGUGCUGGGCCCUGGCCAGGGGCACGGGCUCUGGUCAGGUGCCACCAAUCCGGAUCCUCACUGCGGCAUUCCAGCUCUUCCCCAUCUCCUUCCCUUUUGCACUCAGCCUAGACAGCAAAGGGUAAAACCAUAUACACUUUUUCCCCCCUACAACAUUGAGCCUCGGAUAGAGGAAUCAGAUGCACCCCAUCCAUCCAUGUGUUCUGGCCUUUCCCCAAGGCUUGGGUCUUUCUGCCAUUUUACAUGUCAGGACCCUUGGACCCUCAAGGACUUGGGCUUGCAUAAACACUGGAUUAUUUGUCAUUAUGAAGAAUAAAGCAUUCGGGGUAAAGGUUUAA